AUAUUUUAUCAUGCUCAAAAUACGUCAUCAGGAUAAUAAUAAUAUAAAUAAUGCUCUAGUCGUGAUUGAUUUUAAUUCAUUAUUCUAAGACAAAUACAAUAAAUUCUGCAAUAUUAAGAUUUAUCUCUUAUUUUAUUAUUUGCAAUACUGAUGCUAAACUGUUCGUCCAACUUGAUAAUAAUGAAAAUUCAUAAAAAAAUAAAUAAAAAUAAUCCAUUUAUGAUUGACUUAAUUCAUCUAAAUGUGUUGCUUUUAAAUAAUAAAACACUAAAUGCUGUGACAAAAUGUUUUAAAGUAAUGAUGUUGAGAGGAAUCAUCAGUCUGUAAAUGUUUUGUUAAAUUUUUAGUAAAUAUUCAGUCAGAUUCUGUUCUGCAAAAGGCGAAAUAAAAGGUUUAUAAUAAGAAAUAUAUGCAACAUUCAUCAACACUGAUGAUGAUGGCGAUGAUGAUGAUGGUGAUGAUGAUGAUGAUGAUGAGGCUGAGAGGUUCAGCUGGAGGAGGUGGAGGUGAUGGUGGGAGGAGAGGCGGAGGUUCGGUGGCCCCCCCACCCCCUCCGCAUCAAACCUGCCCACUGCACCGGAGCCGCCGACGGGCCGUGAUGCUGCAGCUGCCCGCAGAUAAAAGACCCGCCGCGGCGCUGCGGACAGAAAACACGCAGCGGGAAGUCUGCGGCUGCAAAACCUCCGCAACAGAAAUGUAGAGGAACCAUCUGGUUUUUGUUGCUUUUAAGGAUCUGCGUGAUGGAAGCGUAUCUGCAGAGUUUCCCCGCAGUUAACGGUUUAACUCCCGGCGCCCUGCUGGCGGCCUGCCUGGCUCUGCUGCUCUCCGUCAGGCUGUGGCUCCGGCGCCGCGGGGCCGUUCCGGGCCUGCCGGGGCCCUUCGCCUGGCCCGUUAUCGGGAACGCCGCGCAGCUCGGCAACACGCCGCACCUGUACUGCACCCGCAUGGCGAGGAAGUACGGCGACGUGUUCCAGAUCCAGCUGGGCAGCCGAACCGUGGUGGUUCUGAACGGCGGCGCCAUCCGACCGGCGCUCAUCAAGCAGGGUUUGGACUUCGCCGGGAGGCCGGACUUCACCUCCUUCCGGUUCAUCGCCGACGGCCAGAGCUUGGCGUUCGGCACCGUCACGGACUGGUGGAAGACGCACCGCAAAGUGGCGCAGUCCACCGUCCGCAUGUUCUCCACCGGGAACCCGCAGACCAAGCGGACCUUCGAGCAGCACGUCCUGGCCGAGUUCAGGGAGCUUCUGCGGCGGUUCGUGGAGAAGACGCGGGCGGAGCGGUACUUCGAGCCCUGCACCGACCUGGUGGUGUCCACCGCCAACGUGAUGAGCGCCGUCUGCUUCGGGAGGAGGUACACCUACGAGGAUGCGGAGUUCCGGGAGGUGGUGGGCAGGAACGACAAGUUCACCAAGACCGUGGGAGCGGGGAGCAUCGUUGACGUGAUGCCGUGGCUGCAGUACUUCCCCAACCCAAUCAAAACCAUCUUCGAGGACUUCAAGAACCUCAACCGGGACUUUGGGGCGUUCAUCCGGGAUAAAGUCAUGGAGCACAGGAAGUCCAUGGAGUCGAGCGCCAUCCGGGACAUGACGGACGCUUUCAUCGUGGCUCUGGACCGAAACACGGAGACAACUGGACUCUCCUCUGGGAACGACUACGUGACUCCCAUCAUAGGGGACAUUUUUGGAGCCAGCCAGGACACGCUGUCCACGGCUUUACAGUGGAUCAUCCUCAUACUGGUCAAGUAUCCUGAGAUCCAAACGCGUCUUCAGCUUGAGGUGGACAGAGUUGUGGACCGGAGUCGUCUGCCGUCCGUCGAGGACCAGGCCGAGCUGCCGUACGUCAUGGCCUUCCUCUACGAGGUGAUGCGCUUCACCAGCUUCAUCCCGCUCACCAUCCCCCACUCCACCGUCACAGACACCUCCAUCAUGGGCUACGCCAUUCCAAAGAACACCGUCAUCUUCAUAAACCAGUGGUCCGUCAACCACGACCCGGCCACGUGGUCCAACCCGGGGACCUUCGACCCUGAGCGCUUCCUGGACCCCCAGGGGGCGCUAAACAAAGACCUGGUCGCCAACGUGCUCAUCUUCUCGUUGGGCCGGCGGCGGUGCAUCGGCGAGCAGCUCUCCAAGAUGCAGCUGUUCCUGUUCACGGCGCUGCUGGCGCACCAGUGCCGCAUCGCCGCCGACCCGGCGAAGACGCUACCCCUGGACUACAAGUACGGCCUGACUCUGAAACCGCUCGACUACGCCAUCGCCGUGUCUCUGCGGGAAGACGUGACUCUGCUGGACGCUGGUGCCGCUCAGGCAGUCACAAACGAACAAUCAGCAGAAUUACAGGCAAAAGGUUAAAGAUUAAAGGCCACAGCAAGAGGCUGCAACCUGCAGAACCACAAAAUGGCUCAUCGGACGCAAACCUUUAGCGAAAAAUUAAAAACAACCAUUUUAGUAUAAAUAUAAAAACAAAUGCUGAAUGUUUAAUAGGUUUCCUGCAAAACAUGGAGAAAAGAAGUUAGCUGAAGCUAGCUAUAGCUUAGCUAGCUACAGCAGCCAUAGCUAGAAGCUACACUGCAAAAACACAAAAACUUACCAAGAGCUUUUGUCUCCUUGCAAAUAUUUUAGUUUGCUUGAAAUAAAACAAAACCAACUUCAAAGUAACUUUUCAGUAAAAUAUAAAAGUUUGCUUUAAGUCAAAGUUACUAUCAGAUUUUUUCACUUCUAAGAUAUCUUUUCUGGAAAUUGGACCAAAACUCUUUGUAACAUUGUGUGUUUUUGCAGUGUAUGAAUGUUAGAUUCUGGAUUUCAAACAGAACGACACUAAAAGUACCAGAUUAGGUCUGUUUUUAAAAUUUAAUUUAAAUUCAUUUUUCAUCGUAUAAAAAACGUAUAUCCAUCAGCUUAAUUUUAAAUCAUAAAAAUAUAAAUAAAUUAGUGGUUCGUUAAACUGAGGACAAGUUUCCUAAAGUAGAUAUUUGUCUAAAUUUCUUUGUUGUUUUUUUCUAAAAGUCAUGCAACAAAGGAAUAAAAUGUUGAAUUUAAUUAUUUGAUUAUUUGCAUUUUUAAUGUUUUUCUAAAAUUAAAUGAAAAAUAUGCCAAUAUUUUUAUCAGAUUAAUCGAUUAAUCAUCAGAAUAAUCGAUUAAUCACUUACUAAAUUAAUCAUUAAUUGCAGCCCAGGUUUUACAAAAGUUAAUCCACCUAAAAAAUAUGUAAACUUAAAGAAAACACCUUAAUUUAUUGAUUGUUUUGAUUUCUUUAAAAAGCUAAUUUGGUUGAUGUGGGAGAGCUGUAUGGAAGGAUUUUUCUAAAUCUUUUAGCAGCUGCAAUAACAGAUAGAUUUACUUUAAGACUCUUAGCAGAGCUUUAACCUGAGGUGCUGAUAAAAGCGUCUGCAUCUGAAUUUCUGCAGACAGAAAGCGACGGCACAUCUGUUCUCAACAUUAGUCAGCCGCAGCGAUCGCCUGCGAUGCGUCGAUUCGUCAGAGCAGAGGACUGCAGCCAGCUGCUUAUAACCAGAAAACAGCCUGGAAAAACACAAUGAAGCUCUGAUCCUAAACAAUAAUAAGCUGCUGCAUAAUUUAUCCCUGCAAGGUGGAAAAACUGCACACUGAAGCCUUUAUUGUUGCUUCGCUACCCGGAGAAAAGACACUUUAUCUACUUAAAUAAUCCAAAUGUUUCUCAAUCGUGUAUCUUCAUAACUGUGAUGAGCAAACCGUGUUUCAGAUCCUCAUGACUACAGAAACAAGCCGCCGUCUGAGGGUCGAGCUGCAGCUACAUAAGCUCCUAGCUUCAGCUCUGCUAACACUAAAUGUUCAGUAGCAACGUGUAAAUUAAUAUAUUAUAUAUGCCAGUGUAUUAUACAGGAAGAGAAAUACUAAAAUACUAUUUAAUCUAAUAUAUUCUUUAACUUUUUACAGAUGCUGUUGUACAGAGACGGUCAGCUUUCACAUGUAAACAGAUAUUAAAGCAAUGUAACUCAGUCAGGAAAAUGUACAGGACAUUACAGGCACGCACUGCAAAAACAGAAAAUACCACCAAGGGUUUUUGGUUACUUUCUAGCGCAAAUAUAUUAGCACACUG